AUGCAGCUCUUCGGAUGCCAGGGCAAACACCGGUUCGUCAAAGAGGGUCUGCCCAGGUGGCUGUUAGAUGAAAGGCUGCAGGAGAAAGAGUGCUGCAGCAUCAGUGAUACACACACACUGCAUGAUCAUGCUAGUCUGUUCGAGUAUCAAAACUGGGCCUUGUCGUCUCAGCUUGCGCGGUCCACGGUGGAGGAGCGCGCACCUCACGGAUCUCAUUGUGCCCGGGGCCCACAGACUGCACGCCUGGCUCGUCUUUCAGCAUGCCAUGGAGGGAAAAAGAAGGCCACAAAAAGACUUUAA